AUGAGGAAAAGUACGGGAGAAUUCAUGUAUGAUUUGGCAAAAAAAUUCAAAACUGACUACGUGGGAAUAUUUUUAGGACAACAACCGGUCCUAGUGAUACAUUCCAAAGAACUCGCUAAGAAAGUACUCGUCAAAGAUUUUGAUAAUUUUCAAAACCGCUACAGCUACCCGGAUCCUGACACUGAUCCCUUGGGAACAUUAAAUUUGUUUACUGUAAGGAACCCUAUCUGGAGUGCAAUGAAACACGAACUGAGGCCAAUGUUCACGACUCUACGUCUCAAAGGUAUUACAGAACUGAUGAACAUUAACUCAGCUGAAUUAGUGCGAAGGAUUCAAAUCGAUUAUAUAGAGAAUAAAAAACCUGUUAAUUUAAGGGAGCUCUUUUCUAUGUACACGUCUGACACGGUUGGAUACACAGCCUUUGGAUUAAGGGUGAGCGUUCUUAAGGAUCUGACGUCACCAGUCUGGUACAUUACGCGUGAUAUGGUGGAAUGGUCUUUUUGGAGGGGUUUUGAGUUCACCAUGAUCUUUUUUGCUCCUGCAUUAGCUAAGUUAAUGAGACUGAAAUUCUUUUCAGCCUCUGCCACAGCGUACAUUAAACAGCUGUUUUGGAGUGUCGCAGAAAAGCGUCAGAAACUAUUGCAGCCAAAUGAUAAAGAUCUCCUUAACCAUUUAAUGAAACUUAAAGAAAACUUGAAACUGCCAGUCGACACUGACACAACGGAUAAUCUAAUAGUAGCGCAAGCAGCUUUGUUUAUCCUCGGAGCUAUCGAUACAUCUGCGGCUACACUGUGCUACCUUCUCCAUGAAUUAGCACACCAUCCCGAAGAACAGGAAAAACUAUUCAAGGAAGUUAGCACAGCGUUGGAGGAAAAGGGGAAAAACGUUUUAGACUAUAAUGACUUAUUAGAAUUGAGCUAUCUCACCGGUUGUAUCAAAGAAACCCUGCGGAAAUAUUCUCCAGUACCGUUUUUGGAUCGAAUUUGCUGUGAAACAUAUAAGUUGACCGACGAGGUGACCCUUGAAAAGGGUACUCCUAUCUACGUCAAUGUUUCAGCCAUACACUAUAAUGAAGAGUACUACCCUAACCCACAGGAAUGGCAUCCUGAGAGAUUUGAAGGCGCGACUGAAAAUGAUAACCACAACUUCACAUUUCUAACAUUUGGUGAAGGGCCACGAGUUUGUUUGGGUAAACGUUAUGGAUACAUGCAGCUACGAACUGCAAUGGCUCACAUGGUGAUGGAGUUCCGGUUUGAACCUGCAGAACCAUAUUUAAUUAGACAAGACCCUUAUAGUGUAGCAUUAAGUCCCUUCGGAGGUGGCAAAGUUAAAUUUGUUCCUCGUUAA